GGGCUACAUUAAGCAUGAGACCUGCUCCUAUCCCAGUGGAAGAGCCAGAAUGGAGACAGACACCUCCCCCAGUCACAGCUACCUCCGGGACCUUCAGGCUACGGCGAGGCAGUCGCUUCACGUGGAGGAAGGAGUGCCUGGCAGUUAUGGAAAGUUACUUCAACGAGAAUCAAUAUCCAGACGAGGCAAAGCGAGAAGAAAUUGCCAACGCCUGUAAUGCAGUUAUACAAAAGCCAGGAAAAAAGUUGUCAGAUUUGGAGCGAGUCACCUCCCUUAAAGUGUACAAUUGGUUUGCCAACAGGAGAAAGGAAAUCAAGAGAAGAGCCAAUAUUGAAGCAGCAAUCCUGGAGAGCCAUGGAAUAGAUGUACAGAGUCCAGGAGGUCAUUCCAACAGCGACGACGUUGAUGGCAAUGACUACUCAGAGCAGGACACUUGGCAAGUACGCAAUGGGGAGGAGGAGGGAAGAUGUUCAGAGGGAGGCAGAGAAGCAGAGAAGGAUGACAGCACUAGCCAUAGUGACCACCAAGACCCCAUUUCACUAGCCGUGGAAAUGGCAGCGGUAAACCACACCAUCCUGGCACUGGCCCGGCAAGGAGCCAACGAGAUCAAGACAGAGGCUCUAGACGACGACUGAUACAAAGAAAGGGGAGGGUCAAAGCAAGAAGUAACUUAGUUUUAGACGUAGCACCUUAGCAGACUUUCCUCAGUCCUUAAUAUGUGUUCUUACAGUAUAACUUUGCAGUUUCUUGUACGUCAGUUAGCUGUUAGGGUCUUGUUCUGUGAAGAUGGCAUGGUGCCCUCAGCCUUUGCAUAUACUCUCUCAGUAUUAAUUCCCAAUAAAUAAUCAAUCAACCAAUCAACCUCCCUCUCCCAGCCCCAGUGGCUAGAAA